AUGUCUAACCAUAAUAGCGACACCAACGAUAACUCUAAAAGCUAUUCACAAAAAACGAGUAUUAGCGCAGAUGUGAAAGAGGAGCUGAGAAGGAAAGCAGCAAUCCAAGCUACAGCUGGUAUUGUCACAACUAUCUCAUUGUUGAUUGUGUCGAACUCCUUAUUAAUCUGGGCCCGCAAACAACGAGGACCGUAUUACGAUCCGUCUACACGAAUGUAUCAUGUGGACAAAAACUCGAAGCAUUAUUAUGAAGGAUAUACGGAAGCAAAUGCCGAAGCUGAAAAUGAAGCCGCAGGCUUUAAAAAUGUCCCCCUUCCACCAACCAAACCCGUGUUUGUCAAUGUAGAAAAGGAACUUGUUUCCAUUGGUAAUCACUUAUCGCCUGCCAGAACUGGAAGUCCGAGUGGGCGAAGGCCAGGAAGACCAAGGAAAUCCGAGUCUCGCCUUAACGGCUGA